AUAUUACAUGAUACCGAAACGUAACAAGUCCAUAAUCCUAGCUCUAGCUCUAGCUCUAGCUCAAGCUCAAGGCUCCAUCUUCAAUGGCCAAAGCAAUCUCCUCUCCUAAUUUAUAUGACAAAGUUGCUCUUAAAUACCCUAUACAUAGAGCCUUUGAUAUUACAAUCUUGGUUCUUCUCAUAUCUCUCCUUGUUUAUCGUCUCCUCUAUAUCAGCAACCAUGGAUUUGCUUGGCUUCUCGCUCUCCUUUGCGAGUCAUGUUUUACCUUCACUUGGGUUGUCACUGUCAGUACCAAAUGGAAUCCAGUGGAGUACAAAACAUACCCAGAACGCCUUUCACAAAAGAUACAAGAGCUGCCUCCUGUGGAUAUAUUUGUCACAACAGCAGACCCGGUGCUAGAACCGCCGAUACUCACUGUAAACACUGUCAUAUCCUUAUUGGCAGUCGACUAUCCAGCCGAUAAACUAGCCUGCUAUGUAUCGGAUGACGGUUGCUCCCCUACCACCUACUAUUCUCUUGUUGAAGCAUCCAAGUUUGCCAAGCUUUGGGCUCCCUUUUGCAAGAAGCAUAAUAUUCAGACUAGAGCUCCUUUCAGAUACUUUUCUAGUGAGGUACCUCUAAACAAUUCCUCGGAAUUCCAGCAAGAAUACAACAAGAUGAAGGAUGAGUACGAGGAGCUUGCCUCCAAGAUUAACGAUGCAGACAAGAAAUCCAUCGAGAGGAAUCUAAGUGGUGAUUUUGCUGCCUUCUCAAAUAUAGAGGGCAAAAACCAUCCAACUAUAAUCAAGGUUGUGUGGGAGAAUAAGGCCGGCAUUUCCGAUGAGUUACCGCAUUUGAUUUACAUAUCGAGAGAGAAGAGGCCAAAGCAUCCUCAUCAUUAUAAAGCAGGUGCAAUGAAUGUGCUAACUAGAGUCUCUGGAAUGAUGACAAAUGCCCCAUUCAUGUUAAACCUAGACUGUGAUAUGUUUGUUAACAAUCCAAAGAUUGUUUGCCAUGCAAUGUGUCUGUUGCUUGGUUCCAGAAACGAAAUGGAAACUGGGUUUGUUCAAUUCCCACAAUAUUUCUACGACGGACUGAAGGAUGAUCCAUAUGGGAACCAGUUCGAGGUUUUGCACAAAUAUAUAGGGAACGGAAUAGUAGGAAUUCAAGGUCCUUUCUAUGGGGGAACAGGAUGUUUUCACAGGCGUAAAGUCAUAUAUGGUUCAUGUCCCCGUGAUGUAGGAAUUCAAGCAAAAAGUCUCACUCCAGUUCAUGGUGAUUUAACUGAGAAGGAGCAGCUAAAAAUAUUUGGCAAUUCAAAGGAGCUCGUCAGAUCAGCUGCUCAUGCAAUACAAGGAGAGGCAAAUAUGAGUCCUAAAAUUCUUCCAAACUUAAUUGAGGCAGCACAUCAAGUCGCUGGCUGUGGUUACGAGUAUGGUACUAGCUGGGGUCAAGAGGUGGGUUGGCAAUAUGGAUCCGCAACAGAAGACAUCCUCACUGGAUUAAAAAUCCAUGCAAGGGGUUGGAGGUCCGUUCUUUGCACGCCAGAUCCUCGAGCCUUUCUGGGGUGUGCUCCACGGGUUGGACCAAUCUCGAUGACCCAACAAAAGAGGUGGGCAACAGGUUUGCUUGAAAUAUUGAUCAGCGAAAGAAACCCCAUUAUUGCCACCCUUACUGCUAGGCUUCAAUUUAGACAGUGUUUGGCAUAUCUCUGGAUCCUUAUUUGGGGGUUACGCUCUAUUCCUGAGAUUUGCUAUGCAGUGUUGCCAGCUUAUUGUAUCAUCACCAACUCCAGUUUCCUGCCCAAGGCCCACGAGCCAGCCAUGUAUAUCCAUGUGGCCCUUUUCCUGAGUUAUGUCAUUUACAGUCUAUUAGAGUACCUUGAAACUGGAUUGUCAAUCCGUGCAUGGUGGAACAACCAAAGGAUGGCAAGAAUGAAUGCAACAAAUGCGUGGUUAUUUGGAGUUAUAAGUGUAUUCUUGAAGACUUUGAGAAUUUCAGGGACGGUUUUUGAAGUUACACAGAAAGACCAAUCUUCAAACAAUGGUGGCGAUGAAGGCAGGUUCACCUUCGAUGCUUCACCAAUAUUUGUGCCUGGGACAACCAUUCUGCUGCUGCAAUUGACGGCAUUCGCCAUGGGCUUUGGAGGCAUGCAAUUACCAUCCGUUGACGAUGCCUCAGGGUUGGGAGAGAUAUUGUGUAGCGUAUUGGUGGUAGUGUGCUUCUGGCCAUUUGUGAAGGGACUGUUUGGCAAGGGAAAAUAUGGGAUUCCUCUAUCCACAAUUUGCAAGUCGUCUCUCUUGUCAUUAUCUUUUGUGUACUUGGUCACGAGUACUUCGGUGGGUCAACUCUAAUGACUUCAGCCGACGAUCUUCGAACCUGAAAAUCACUUGGAUUUGGUUGAUGUCCUUUGAUACCUUUAUCUGUUUGAUUUUAUUGAUCCCUUUACUGUUUAUAUAAAUAGUGAAGGAAGUGGACGAUUCUUCUUCUUC